GGGAAAACAAAUCUUGAGAUGGUUCAGUGCAAUCAAACACUUUUAUAUUUUUCGGAGAAAUAAGUACAAAGAUUGAGCCGAAUAAGUAAGCUAGCUAUUUAUAUCUGAUCGUGACACAUACAGUGCAGUGAUGAUGCAGUGACAAACAUGCAAUCAGUGAACCAGUCCACGUCCCUCUAACCCUUCAGAUCACACUCGCCUGUAGUUGUUGAUAUUCCAACUCGAUUUCAUCCCAUUCAGUUUGUAGUCUCGGGAAAGACAUGGUGGGACGGAGUCUACGAUAGAUAAUGCAGCAGAUGACUCAACACACUCUUCUCCCUUCUCGGAAGUGCUGCGUUGGGUUGUGUUUUGUCGGCGUGUUUGCGUAAGAAUGUUUAGGUUUUGUUAUUCAUGUAGGUCUACCCCAAGGCAUGCCAUUUCUGAAGAACACCAACAAAGUCCAACCCCUGGCCAAGUUAUGGGACACGAAGGCCCAGAAAAAUGGACAGCGUAAAACAGUGUACUCUGUAAAUGGAGAUAAAUACACCGGGGAAUGGCAGGACAACAAGAAACAAGGAAAAGGAACUCAGAUUUGGAAAAAGGCAGCUGCGAUCUAUGAUGGAGACUGGAAGCUUGGAAAGCGCGAGGGAUAUGGCACUUUCAGCAAACUAUGUCCAAAAACCAACCGAUAUGCAAGACUCUACUCUGGUGAAUGGAAAAAUGACAAAAAACACGGACAGGGAACAUACUACUACAGCACGACGGAUGCAUAUAAGGGCGAGUGGAGGGAUGGCCGGAGGAGUGGCCGGGGGAGAAUGCACUAUGACAACGGAGACAUAUACGAGGGGGCGUGGCUUCACGACAAGCAUCACGGAUUGGGGAUGAUCCAGCUGGCAAACGGAAACCGAUACGAGGGCAGCUGGCAGGACGGAAAGAAGAAUGGCCAAGGAAGGUUCCUAUUCUGGGAGCGAGGUCAGAUUUACAAAGGCCUCUGGGUGGACGGAGUCUGUAAAUGUGGUACACUGUCUGAUUACGGAAGAGAUGACGCUCCAAUGCCAUCCAAGAGUCCCUUCCCAAAGGUGGGGCUGUUGGAUGCACAGUCGGUUUUGAUGGAGGCAGAAUCAACCUUCUUGAAAAUGUUAUUUUAAUCAUUGGUCUUUAGAAUUAAGUCGGUGCCUUAUUCUCAAUGCAGCAGUCUGAAGGACGCCAUGAGAUAAAUGUGACUGGCAAAAUAGUUUUGCCAGAGAAAAGUGAUUUCUCAAAGCAACUCAAAAAAUAAAU